GGGCACCGGCAUCCGCACCGGCAUCGGCAUCCGGCUAAGCUAAGCCGGCCCUCGCCUCGGCAGGUGUUGCAGAUAAGACCCGACAGGGCAGAAAUGGAGUUGCGACCCUACCAGUGGGAGGUAAUCAUGCCUGCCCUAGAGGGCAAGAAUAUCAUCGUGUGGCUGCCCACGGGGGCUGGGAAGACCCGGGCGGCUGCGUACGUGGCCAAAAGGCAUCUGGAGACUGUGGACAGAGCCAAGGUGGUGGUACUGGUCAACAGGGUGCACCUGGUGAGCCAGCAUUGUGAGGAGUUCAGCCGCAUGCUGGACAGACGCUGGGCCAUUAUAACCCUGAGCGGGGACAUGGGGCCACGAGCUGGCUUUGGCCACCUGGCCCGGAGCCAUGACCUGAUCAUCUGCACAGCGGAGCUGCUCCAGAUGGCGCUGACCAGCCCCGAGGAGGAGGAGCACGUGGAGCUCAAUGCCUUCUCCCUGCUCAUGGUGGAUGAGUGUCACCACACGCACAAAGACACUGUCUACAAUGUCAUCCUGAGCCGGUACUUAGAGCAUAAACUCCAGAGGAUGCGGCCCCUGCCCCAGGUGCUGGGGCUCACAGCCUCCCCAGGCACCGGCGGGGCCUCCACGCUCAAGGGGGCCAUCGACCACAUCCUGCAGCUCUGUGCCAACCUGGACACAUGGCGCAUCAUGUCACCGAAGACCUACCUCCCCCAGCUGCAGGAGCUCAGGCCUCAGCCCUGCAAACAGUACAACCUCUGCCACAAGCGCACCCAGGACCCAUUUAGGGACACACUGAAGAAACUCAUGGACCAAAUCCACAACCGCCUGGAGAUGCUCGAGGUGAGCCGGGACUUCGGGACGCAGAAUUACGAGCAGCAGGUGGUGGAGCUGAGCCAGGCUGCGGCCAAGGCCGGGCUCCAGGAGCGUCGGGUCUACGCUCUUCACCUGCGGCGCUACAACGAUGCGCUGCUCAUCCACGACACGGUCCGUGCUGUGGACGCCCUGGACUGGCUGCGGGAUUUCUACGACAAGGAGCGCAUCACGAAGACCCAGAUCCUGCAGGCCGAGCGCUGGCUGCUGGCGCUGUUCGAUGAUUACAAGAAUGAGCUGGCCCACCUGGCAACGUGCAGCCCGGAGAACCCAAAACUGGAGAUGCUAGAACAGAUCCUGCGGGAGCAGUUUGGGGGCAGCGACGAUAGCCCCCGGGGCAUCAUCUUCAUGCAGACCCGCCAGAGCGUCCACUCCCUCCUGCUCUGGCUCCAGCAGCAGCCGGGCCUGCAGACCAUGGACAUCAGGGCUGACCUGCUGAUCGGGGCGGGGAACAACAGCCAAAACACCCAUAUGACCCAGAGAGACCAACAAGAAGUGAUCCGGAAGUUCCGGACUGGCACCCUGAACCUCCUGGUGGCCACGAGUGUGGCGGAAGAGGGACUGGACAUCCCCCAGUGCAACGUGGUGGUGCGCUACGGGCUCCUGACCAACGAGAUCUCCAUGGUCCAGGCCAGGGGCCGCGCCCGGGCUGGUCAGAGCAAAUACUCGUUUGUGGCAACCCAAGGCAGUCGGGAGCUGCGGCGGGAGCUGACCAAUGAGGUGCUGGAGAGGCUGAUGGAGCAGGCCGUGGCCGCUGUGCAGGAGAUGGACGAGGCCGAGUACCAGGCCAAGAUCCGGGACCUGCAGCGGAGCACUCUGGUCAAGCGGGCGGCCCGGGUAGCCCAGCGGGAGAGUCAGCGGCAGCAGUUCUUGGCUGAGGAGGUGCAGCUCCUCUGUGUCAACUGCAUGGUGGCUGUGGGCCAUGGGAGUGACCUGCGGAAGGUGGAGGACGCCCACCACGUCAACGUGAACCCCAACUUCUCGAUCUACUACAGUGUCUCCCGGGGGGCUGUGGUCAUUGACAGAGCCUUCAAGGACUGGAAGCCUGGGGGUACCAUUCACUGCAGGAACUGUGGGGAGGCCUGGGGUCUGCAGAUGAUCUACAAGUCAGUGAAGCUGCCGGCGCUCCGGGUCCGCAGCAUGCUUCUACAGACGCCCCAGGGGAGAGUCCAGUCCAAGAAGUGGUCCCGCGUGCCCUUCCCAGUGCCUGACUUUGACUACCUGCAGCACUGCACCCAGAACCUGGCCAACCUCUCCUUGGAAUGAACCCCUUGUCACUGCAGUGCCCACCUCCGCCUGCAGGGGGCAGGAGAGUCCGCAGCAGCCACUGUCUUCCCCUGGCAAAGCUUGGGGCCAAGCCCCUCCAGCCUGAGUCAUCAGCUUGUGGGUGCCAUGCUGACCAGCCACAGAGGAACCUGGGGCGCCCAAGCUGGCUCAGACUCCCACACUGAGGAAGCAACUCGGGGACCACAGCUCGCCCCCAAGCCCUCCUCACACCCACAAAUACUCAAAAGCGCUGGAUGGAGGCAGGGGUUGGGGAGGAAACAGGCAGGAAGCUGUCCACACUCUACUAGCAAUGAACACGGUUUCCCUUGACUCCUUGACAUUCCUUCCCCUCUAUUUUUUGAGGCUCCUCAUAAAUUGAAAAUAAACUAGUAGAAAAUU